CAACUAUUUAGCAUUUUCAAGGUGAAAUUCUUGAUAAUUGGGGCAUCACGAGAGUGGGACAAAGUAUUUUGAGGUGAAGUUUUCCAUUACUGGUGAUCGCUGUCCCCUUGUUUUUUCUUGGCUGGGUCAGAUGCAAAAUAAAAGCCCAGUGCCGGGUGUGGGAUAACCUCCUUUUAAGUCGUUGGUCAGAGAUGCCCCAAAGACCCCCAAAUCACUUCUAUUGCUAUUGCUUUGGGUUGCCUACCAGAACUUGAAGUUAAGUUGCGAAAGACACCAUACACUUUGGUCUUCGAAGGAAUCUCCAGGAACUGACCUGGAGUCUCCCUGAAGACUUGCUCUCACGGUCUUAGAAAUCAUUUGUUGAGCUGCCAAGAGAGAAAAGCAAUCAAUAGUUCCGCCUACCAGUGAGGCCUACAAACCACAACAAUGACUAGCGUGGCAAGAUAGGCCCAUGUCUAUAAUAAUGGUACAAAUGCUAUGAGGUAACAACCAUUUUCUGAUUGGGUCUAAGUCCCACUCCGCAGAAAGAAACACAUACGAUACUGUAAGUGUGGCCAAGAACUCCUUCGGUGCUCACAGUCCACACGAGUGAACUGACUCCUCAGAGGGGACUAAACGGACAUGGAAUCAAACUGCGCAUGUCUUGAAAUUCCUGUAUCUCUACUCGGAGAGCAGUGCAACUCUUUGACCUCCUCAGAGAAGUUUCUUAGAGCAGGGAUGGUGGUUAACGCAGAAACCCACAACGGUCGAAUAGAAGAGAAUACAUGUUAGUGGAGUGCUCAGCCAUGAGUGGGGACAUAGAAAUCACACCCCUCUCAACGCUCAGGGACAAUCCAGAGAGGGUGGGGGUUUAGAGUGAGGGUCAGUGAAAAGAUCAGAAAGGCCAGGGAGGUCAGGGAGGACCAGAGCAAAGCGUUGUCUUCUGGGCAUGACAGGAAAGCUGUACUCAUGAACUCAGGGCGGCUGUGGCUGCCUGCACAAGACCAGCACAAGAGCAAGCUCGCCAACAUUUUAGCAGUGAGUGGGAAAGGUCCACCCUGUCACCCUGGAGCUAUGCACAGUCAAUGGCUUCUAGGGGUUGGAGUUUUCUUUAAGAAUGCAGUUCUUGGUAGGUCAAACCUACUCUUGUGGAUGGCCCCACACCCAGGAGUAUAAGGACAGCUCAAAUUGGAGUCUAUGGGUUAUUGUUAAAAAAGGCGCGGGGGGGGGGGGGUAUUAAAGUUGACGGAUGCAUGUAGGGAGGUAAGGGUCCAGCUAAGAGGAGUUAAGAGGGAGGUGUUGGGGUGAAUUGAUCAAAAACAUACAGCAUGAAAUUCUCAAAGAAUUAAUAAGAAAUGAAAAAAAUAAGUUUAUAAAGGAAAGAAAAGAAAAGAGGAAGUCCCCUUUCUUAAACACUAAGGCCUGCAUCACUAGGUCGUCGGUGUGUGAUGGAUGAAAGGUGUGGAUGGAUGAGGCAUAAGGCCAUCACUUCCCAGGAGACAGCUGGUCUCCUCCGUAGGUGGAGGAGGGCUGUUCCAGCACAGCUGGGGAAACCGGCCCGGGCCAGGCUUGCGGGAGAGUUGGGUAUGUUUAGUUUCUAGAGGACAUUUGUUUCUCCGAACUCCUCUCUCUCUCUCUUCUGAAAUCUGGCAGGCGUUAGUCAUCCGCUGCUCAGAACGAACCCACAAGUGUGCUUGUGAGGCUCCGCGGGCUUCCUCCCGGCGCCCCGCCCUCGGGCUCGCACAGCCUCACGCGAGCACAGCCGCCGGCGCACCCAGACCCGGGGUGUCCCGCGUCCUGCCGCUCCCCCGGGUGCUCAGCAUCCCCGGCUGCUGCAGAGGAUCGCCCGGCGGUGCGGUGCCGGGCCCGGAGCAGGGAAGAAAGUUGUAAAGUGCCGCGAGGAGUUGGGCGGUCCGAGGAGGGGAGGCGGAAGAGGAGGACUCGGCUGAGUUCCCGGGGCGAUCGUGGGGUCCCCCGGCGCCUGUCCCGCAGCUCACCAAAGCAGCUGGACGUCAGCUCUCCGGUCCCUGGUAGGCGCUAGAGACUCGACCGGAGGCCAGGAGGAACUUAUCCAGCGAGCUGUCGCCUCGGGCCUUAUUGUCUGCAGCAACUCUCCGGAAUCUGGAGGGGGAGGACUGCACUGCGCGCCUACUGGGAUUUGUCCAGAGUUCCGGUGGCAGCUGUGACGGCCGCAGAGACUCCCUUUGUCCUCCCAGGACCUCCCUCCCUCUCGUUCUCCGUGGCAGCUGUCGGGUGGCGCUGAGCUUGGAGUGGGCUUCCCAGCCCCUCUCAGCCUCUGACCCCCGGGUGAGUCCCUGGUGACUCCGCCUCUUCACAUCUCUGCUCUGCGGGAGCCAAGAGCCCAAAGGGGCUGUGAGCCAGAGGGAACCGCCGGGCCCCGGCCCCAGGAUGGUGGCGGGUCGGUCCCGGGCGCGCAGCCCUGGGAGCUGGCUGUUGCCUGGCCUGUGGCUGCUGGCUGUGGGCGGUCCGGGGUCGUUGCUGCACGCCCAGGAGCAGCCCUCUUGCAAAAAAGCCUUCGAUCUGUACUUCGUCCUGGACAAGUCUGGGAGUGUGGCAAAUAACUGGAUUGAAAUCUAUAAUUUUGUCCAACAGCUUACAGAACGAUUUGUGAGCCCUGAAAUGAGAUUGUCCUUCAUUGUGUUUUCUUCUCAAGCAACCAUUAUUUUGCCAUUAACUGGAGACAGAUACAAAAUUGGUAGAGGACUGGAGGAUUUAAAAGCUGUCAAGCCAGUUGGAGAGACGUAUAUCCAUGAAGGACUAAAGCUUGCAAAUGAACAAAUUCAAAACGCAGGAGGCUUGAAAACCUCCAGUAUCAUAAUUGCCUUGACGGAUGGUAAGCUGGAUGGCUUGGUACCGUCAUACGCGGAAAAUGAGGCAAAGAAGUCCAGGUCCCUUGGUGCUAGUGUUUAUUGUGUUGGAGUCCUCGAUUUUGAACAAGCUCAGCUGGAAAAAAUUGCUGAUUCCAAGGACCAAGUCUUCCCUGUCAAAGGUGGAUUCCAAGCUCUUAAAGGGAUCAUCAAUUCUAUACUAGCUCAAUCAUGUACUGAAAUUCUGGAAUUGAGUCCUUCCAGUGUCUGUGUUGGGGAGGAAUUUCAAGUUGUUCUGAGUGGAAGAGCCGUCACAUCUAACAGCCAUGAUGGCAGUGUCCUCUGUACAUUCACUGUGAACAGCACAUACUCAAAGAGUGAAAAGCCAGUCCUUGUUCAGCACAGUUCCAUACUUUGUCCUGCACCUGUCCUCAACAAAGCUGGAGAAACUCUUGAAGUUUCAAUCAGCUUUAAUGAUGGGAAGUCUGCCGUCUCAAGAUCCUUAACUGUCACAGCUACAGAAUGUUCUAACGGGAUUGCAGCCAUCAUAGCUGUUUUGGUGUUAUUGCUGCUCUUGGGCGUGGCCUUGAUGUGGUGGUUUUGGCCCCUCUGCUGUAAAGUGGUUAUCAAGGAUCCUCCCCCACCACCUCCUGCACCAAAGGAGGAAGAGGAAGAAGAACCUUUGCCCAACAAGAAAUGGCCAACUGUGGAUGCUUCCUAUUAUGGUGGUCGAGGAGUUGGAGGAAUUAAAAGAAUGGAGGUCCGCUGGGGAGAUAAAGGAUCUACGGAGGAAGGGGCAAGACUAGAGAAAGCCAAAAAUGCUGUGGUGAUGAUCCCCGAAGAAGAGAUACCCAUGCCAUCAAGACCACCUCGACCCAAACCCACAUACCAGGCCCCUCAGACAAAGUGGUACACGCCGAUCAAGGGUCGUCUGGAUGCACUCUGGGCUUUGAUCUUGAAGCAAUAUGACCGGGUGUCCUUGAUGAGACCCCAGGAAGGAGACGAGGGUCGGUGCAUAAACUUUUCCCGAGUUCCACAUCAAUAAAACGAGAGCACAAAGAAUGAGAAGCUAAGAAGACAGCACAUCUUCAUGAUGCUGACAUCCAAUAGAAUGAACAGUCCAGUGCAUCUCAGAGGUUCUUGGGACAACAGCCCAGGUCCUCUCUGUCAGGAAAUGUUUCCUCUCCUGCUUUCUGUGCACCAAACAUUUUCAAACACUUGCUCUGCCAUCUACAUGAGAGGUGAUGAAACUCGGCGGCGGCGAUAACUCAUGAUUUAUGACACUGAAAAUGCAGAGGAAUGUUAAUUUUCAUGCCACGGUUUCUGCAAAGCUUAUCUGAACGUGUAAGAAGACAAAGCAGACACAGCUAUGAUGUAAAGAUCCCAAAGCAAAGACUGGAGACCCACCAGCCAUGCGGCUUUGUAAAGGCGACUGGUGCUUUUGACGUGGAUGCACAGUGUGUGUGCUUUUGUUUGGCAAGAUCUUUAGCUACAUGCAGAUCAUGAAAAUUCCUACCAGGCUAAACAGAUAAUGGAGUCCACUGCCUUGUAGCUAUGUUAAAUAGCAAAAGCCUUCUAAGUCCUCUAUGAUUUUGUGCCUUACGGGAAUUUUCUGACUAGAAAAUCUUGUCAGUGUUACACUGAAAGUGUACACGCAUGACAAAAUGUGGACGAGAUGCCCCAAGGUACUGGAUGCAAGCAGGAUUUUGCCCUUUAGUUUUCCAAGACACCUUUCUUUCAUGACGCACUCGGGACAAGAGAAUUAAUACAGCGUUAAUUCAACAGGAAGACCGCCUCCAACCAAAGACCUGGAGCGCAGCAUAAGGCCUCGUGAUCUGAGACCUUGUCCCCUGACUGGUAGAUUCUCCUUUCUUGGUGUUUAGGAUUUAACAGUGCAUAAAGCAUUAGUAUCUGUAAACACACCUACGUGUUUGUUUGGCUUUUAAUUUAAGGAAGCAGUAACCACCAAGCUUCUGCUCAGGGUUUUUUCUUCUUUUAAGUCUCCAAGGGCUCCUCAGCGUCACAAGCCAGCAACUCUCUUUGCAUGAAAAUUUCAAAGUUUAAUUAAUAUAAUUAAAGGCAACAGCAAGCAGCAGCCUGUGAAGACUUUGCUCAUCUUUUUUAUGCCUUUUGACAUUGAAUGACCUAUCACUGUAUGCAUGUUACUUGGAUAUUGAGAAGCACCGCACCUUGGGUGUGAUUCAGCCCAGGAAAAAAAGAUCUCCUUUCUUCAGUUUAUAAAUUAAAAUCAGGAGGGGCGCCAUCAGAAAGCAUUGACAAUAUAUGUGCUAUAGAUUUUUAGAAAUAUCACCAUCGUGUCACAUCAACGAUGCCAAAUUAUGUUAGCGUGAGCAGAAACACGGUGGGGGAGGAAGGCGGCAGCAGCUGAAGGAAAUAGCUCAGAUGAUCUAGUCACUUUUGAUACUGUACUUCAGAUGCGAAAUGGAUAUUCGACUGGAAACCUGACAAAGUGCGCCUGCUUUGAUGUGAACUGGUAUAGACAAUGACCAGUGGCCGGGUCAGUGGGAUGUCUCUCUGCGAGCACAAAGGCUUAUCAAAUGACACUAAAAAUAAGUUCAACAACCAUCACUUUGGAAGGGAGAAGGCGAACGGUUCAUGUUUGGCGGGCAUGUGAGUGCACAAGAUGGAAAAAACGAUUUGGAGCAUCCUGGCAUCAUUACCCACAUUGUGCUCUUUAUGGACAUUUCAAAGGGCUGCAGUGAUACUUUUGGUUGGUGUCCAAGUUUGUGGCACUGCUCCAAGAAGCCUUACGCACACACACGAAUAUACAAAUGCACACACAUAUUCUCUAGCUUGAAUCUUUUUGCUCAAGCUUAUUUAUGUCACUGACUGGCUGGAUCCAAAGUCACACCUCCACAUAUUAAUGAAUAAAAUUUUUACCUAA